AUGACGGUCGUCACUGUGAUCUAUCCGUGCCUGGCCCAGAAGGAGAAAGAGCUACAGGUUCUUGUGGAGCAACACGAUGACCUAGCAGCAUUGAACACAGCCCUCAAGUGGUGUUUCGGGCAGGUGCUGGUGGUGCUUGACCGUCCAAUACCUACUUUAUCUAAUCACAGCAGCUGCUUUGACACGGAAAUUCGCUUUCAGAUGUCAGAUGUGCAGCGCACUCCGUUUACUGGACUCACCCCUGAGCUCUGCAUGGCGGUUACCAGAAAAAUGGAUUCGGAUGGAAAGUUUACUUUGUAUUCUUCAGAUUUUAGCUUUCUUGAAGAAAAUUACACCUACAAUGAAUCAUAUGAAUAUGGAGAAUCAUGCUGUGGGACGGUGUGCGGUCAGGAAGCCAGCAUGGCCUUUGAAGCCAUCUUUAUUCCCUUCGUGUACUCCUUGGCGGUGGUAAUUGGGCUUCUGGGUAAUGGGCUGGCCCUGGUGGUCCUGUGGCAGAAGAAAAGGACAUGGAGCGUGACAGACACCUUUGUCCUUCACUUGAGCGUGGCCAACAUCCUGCUGCUGUUGACCAUGCCCCUGUGGGCAGUGGAGGCUGCAAAUGAGUGGAUCUUCGGCAAGGAGCUCUGCAAGCUGACCGGAGCGCUCUUUCAGAUAAACUUCUACUGUGGCAUUUUUCUGCUGGCGUGCAUCAGCCUGGACCACUACCUGUCCAUCGUCCACGCUGUGCAGAUAUACUCCCGUAAGAAGCCCUGGCUGAUCCAGCUCAGCUGCAUGGCUGUCUGGUUCUUCUCCUUGCUCCUCUCCAUCCCUGACUGGCUCUACCUGGGUACUACAGAGUACUCCAGAUGGGGUAAAACGGAGUGCGUCCAUUGGUACCCCUCUGACGGGUUACGUUUAGCCUCCAGAUGGCUUUACCACGUGGUGGGCUUCUUGAUUCCGGCCUUGGUGCUGCUCUUCUGCUACACCUGCAUCCUGCAGAAGCUGCAGAGUGGCUCUCAGGGCCUGCAGAAACAGCAGGCUAUGAGGGUCAUCCUGGCCUUGGUGGUGGCCUUCUUCAUAUGCUGGACACCCUACAACAUCACUCUUUUGGUGGACACCAUCCACACCAACCAACGUAACCAGAGCAUCAACGACUGCGACACUAGCACAGCUCUGGAUAUCGCCUUAACUACCACUUCCACUCUCGGCUACCUGCACUGCUGCAUGAACCCAGUGCUCUGUGCCCUGUUUGAAGUGAAGUUUCGGCGCCAACUGCAGGACAUGGUCAGGCCUAUCAGACGCUCUCGCAGAACCUCAGCGUAG